AUGAAUUUCUUGAUGCGUUCUUCAACACACGUACAAGCAGAUAGAGAUAAUAAACCUUCAUCGAUUCCAGAACCUCGUGUUGAUGCGCUUCCUCCUCCUUCUCCUCCCCCUGUUCAAGGCUCUCACUCUUUGGAGAGUUUAUUGUCGGAAGAUCCGUAUGCUCGGUAUAGUACAACAGUGGAGCAGUUUGAGGGAGAGAUUGAUGGGGAUAAUGGAGUUCAUGAUUUGAAAAAUGAUGCGAGUUUAUUGGCUAAGCAUUUGGAUGUGUCUGAAGAAGAAGGAUGGAUUGCUAUUCCUUAUAAAGAGCUUCCUGAAGACUGGAAUCACGUAUCAGAUAUCCAAUCCUUGCAUCCUCUAGACCGUUCCUUUCUCUUUCCGGGUGAACAAGUUCAUAUUGUGGCAUGCCUGUCUGCAUGUAAGAAUGACACAGAGAUUAUCACCCCCUUUAAAGUUGCUGCCUUGAUGAGUAAGAGUGGCAUAGGUCACAGCCCUAACAAAGAAAACGGGAAUAUCGAGCACAAAAAUAAAUCAGUAGCUGGAGAAGAGCAUCUUAGUCCUAGUGUUCAAGAUGAGAACAAGGAAAACCUGCCAAAGGCAAAGGCUGAUCACCCAACAGAUGUUUCUUCUGGUGAAUCCCUUCUAAGAAUGGAGGUUCAUAAAAGACAGACUGCAUCGUUGUUGGACAAAUUCAAGAGUUCACACUUUUUUGUGAGGAUUUGUGAGUCUGAUGAGCCACUUUGGUCUAGACAUGGUUCUUCAAAAAAAUCCAUCUCCUCUGAAACAAAUGGCCAAAAUAUCUCGUCAAUUGAAGUGAAAGAAACUGUAAAACACGAGUCUUCUAUUAGUGCAGUUAUUGAUAGAGCAAAUUUUGAUGCAACUAUUUCUGGUGGAGUGGCGAGAAAUUCUGUAAAGUGUUGUGCCCUACCUAAUGGAGACAUAGUGGUUCUUUUACAGGUGAAUGUUGGUGUUAAUUUUCUUAGAGACCCUUGUAUAGAAAUUCUCCAAUAUGAAAAAUAUGAAGGGAAAAUAUUGUCUUCUGAGAACCAGGACAAUUCACUUUAUACAAAUCAGGAUCCAUGUGGAGACCUAUUGAAAUGGAUACUUCCAUUAGAUAAUCUUCCCUCUGGGUCUCGCCCAUUAUCUCCUCUUUUGCCUACAAACUCCGGAACCAGUAGCACCUCUCAGAGGUACAAUUCUUCACCCUCAUCUGGCCCUCAGAUAUUCUCUUUUGGCAGCCAUUUUAGAAGUUAUUCCAUGUCAUCAUUACCUCAAAAUACUAUUCCUCCGCCUGGUCCUUUGAAAGCAGCUAGUUCUAAGCCAGAUUUUGACAUUGAUGAGUGGGAUCAGAUCUCAUCUCAGAAGUUUUUAAAGAAAAAAAAUGAGGCUGAAGAACUUUUAUCUUUUCGAGGUGUCUCAUUGGAGCGAGAAAGAUUUUCUGUUUGUUGUGGAUUGCAAGGUAUCUAUACCCCAGGAAGAAGGUGGAGAAGGAGACUUGAAAUAAUACAACCUGUAGAGAUUCAUUCUUUUGCCGCUGACUGCAAUUCAGAGGAUCUUCUGUGUGUUCAAAUAAAGAAUGUUGCUCCUGUACAUGCUCGGGAUAUUGUCAUAUUUAUUGAUGCCAUUACCAUUAUAUUUGAAGAAGCAACAAAAGCUGGACCACCAACAUCAUUACCAUUUGCAUGUACUGAAGCUGGAAACGACCAUUCUUUACCGAAUUUAUCCCUCAGGAGAGGCGAGGAGCAUUCUUUUAUCCUUAAACCUGCAACAUCUGUUUGUAAUCAUCUAAAGGUUCUGGAUGAAACUCCUCACUUUUCAAAGUUGCAAUCUGGAAGCUCGGCAUCAAAAUCAAGUCUUUCUUCCAAUAGUCUUGACAGAAGUAAGAUUUCUUCUAUUGACGAUCAGUAUGCAGUUAUGGUAUCAUGUCGAUGCAAUUAUACAACAUCAAAAUUAUUCUUUAAACAACCAACUAGUUGGCGUCCACGAAUGUCGAGGGAUAUUAUGAUUUCUGUUGCAUCUGAAAUGUCAGGAGAGACUCCAGGACCUUAUGAAAGAAAUUCCCAACUUGCUGUGCAGGUUUUAACUCUUCAAGCUUCGAAUUUGACAUCUGAAGAUCUAACUUUGACAGUGCUUGCUCCAGCCUCUUUUAUUUCUCCCCCUUCAGUGGUCUCACUGAGUUCUCCAGCCACUCCAUCGAGUCCUUUUAUUGGUUUCACAGAAUUUUUGGGAAGGAUAAAUGACGAUGGCAGACCUCAAACAGUUUCUAAGAAUGAUGAUGUCAUCCCUAAUUCUGGCGUGAGUUGUACACAUCUGUGGCUCCAGAGUAGAGUUCCACUGGGAUGCAUCCCAUCUCAAUCCACAUCCACUAUUAAGCUUGAGCUACUCCCGUUGACUGAUGGCACAAUCACGCUUGACUCUCUGCAAAUUGAUGUCAAAGAAAAAGGUGUUACCUACAUUCCUGAGUGUACACUAAAGAUAAAUGCAACUUCUAGCAUUUCUAAGGGGAUUAUUUAA